AUGAACCAAGAGUGGUACCUAGAAGGAAAAACUGAAUCCUUCCAGCCUGAAGCCCGUGUUCGAACAGCAGCCACCGUGUCUGUGCCAUACCAAGAGACGAGUCACAUUGCUGAUCAUUUUAUUCAGAGGAGAGACCCUUCCCCUCCUCCUCGCCCUCGAGACAGGGAUCACCUGCUGGAGGAGUGGUUAUCCAGGCAGGAGAGGACCACGGCUUUCCUCCUUCAUCAGGCUUUCCAAAACAAAGAUGACAUCAUCUCCAGCCUCCAGGGAAGAAAAGGUUAUCAGCACAGGGAGACCUCUGCCCAGCGGCUACUGGAAAACCACGUCCAGACCAUUACGAGCAUCGUUAAAAAGCUCGGCCAGGACAUUGAGGUUUUGGAGAGGCAAAUAAGAAUAAGGGAUGGUGCCACAGUAGAAACUAAUUUUGCUGUUCAAAGUCUGGACCAUAAAUACAUCCAGGGUCUUGGAGACCUGCGUGGAAGAGUGGCAAGAUGUGAGGCAAGCAUUGCGAAGCUGUCGGGAGACAUCAGUAUUAUCAGGCACGAGGCCCAGAAGACUGAUAAAGAGAUUUAUGGCCUUCACUCUGCCCUCAAAAAUUGUGUUAGCGAUUUUGAGAAGAAGGUAAUGCAGUUAUUAGGCAAGAUAGAGACUUCCAACUCUGAUCACAGCUCGAAUUUAAAGACAGUCCAGGGAGAUCAACAUCACGAAUUACAACUUCUGGAUUUCAAGUUGACAAGUAUUCUAAGUGACUUCAAGGAUCAGAUACAGACUCAUCGGAAGUGGACAGAAGUGCAGCUGACACGGACUGAAGAUGAUGAAGCCCAGCACAGGCAUCAGCUGCUUAACUCGGUGAAGGAGAGACUGGAAAGAGCUGAAAAAAGAGUAGAAGAAAAGCUCCUACUUCUGUCGCUAAAGCUAGAACAAAUGGAUAAACCACAGAAAUACGAAAAGCAGUUGAGCCAAAUGAAAACAGAUGAAAAAAACCUGCAUGCAAGAAUCACCAGAUUUGAAAGACAGAUCUGGAAGGAGCUUGAGGAAAUCCAAAAUGAAUACAGAUCAGGAUUUCAAUCCAUUCAUGAGUCUCUGGAGCUGCUCAAACAAAUACAGAACACAAAGCUGAAACUUGGAAAAAAGAAAAUUCAGAAAGACGUGACAAGAUGCAAUGGAAGGGACCUCCCAGAAGACUAAACGCCAAGAGGAAGCCUUGUCUGCUCUUGCAGGGGCUCUCUCCAGUGGGAAGCAGCAAUGAGUUAAAGAAAGAAGUAGCCUUUACACACACCUGAUUGUGUUUUCCCGUGUUCCUGUAGGAUGUUAUUGCUAGUUAUGAUAUUGUGCAGCCACAAAAAUAACAAAUUUGUAACACCAACAGUCAUUUUCACACCGAUUUUACAGAGUAUUACACUGUAGAAGAAAAGUUAAACUUGAAGGAUUGAUUUUAAAUUUUACAAGCAGUAAUACAAAGAUAUUCAUAGUAUUUAAAGCACUUUAGGAAAACAAGUACCCAGUUAUUAAGUACGGUUAGCCCAGUCCUGCCAUAAGCUGCAUUGGUUUUAGAUUGGUGUUACUACCGAAAUCAGGUCUAGUAAAUUCCUCCAGCUGCACGCAAGAUGU